GGCAGGGUGGCGCGGGGCAAAGUCCGAAGUUGAAAAGGUGACAGCUGGUCACAGCACUCAGGAGAUCGACGCUUUAACCAGCUUUGACAUGUCUGAAGUGAGCAACCAGCUGCCCACAGAACCCAUCUCUGCAGUUGGAGUAAUCACUUCACCCAGCAAGGCCCCUGAUGGCCACUAUGUUGUUGCACAAACAACAGAUGGCUGUGAUGCCGACCUGUGGAAGGACGGCUUAUUCAAAUCCAAGGUCACUCGCUACCUCUGUUUCACCAGAAAAACUGGGCCGGACGUUGUUGUGGACGUGAAGCUGAUUGACAUUAAGGACGCGUUGCCAGAGGGCUUCACACCUGUGGGAGAAACAUGGGACACAAAGGAAACUGCCACGAGGAAGAAGAGGCUCUGCAUGAAAAUCAGCCCUCGUGCGGCUGCUGUGACGGCGGUGUACGACAUUCAGAUCACAGCGAAGUCCAAGUACCAUCUUGUUAACUACACCUGCAUAGGUGAGAUAAACAGUAUGGGGCUAUGGUACCGGAUGGGAGAUGUUUCUCAGCAUCAGUCAUCCCAGGAAACGUCCAGUACAGCUAACAGUGACGCUCCACCCAACACAGCAAGGGCGAGGACCACGAUCAGGCCGGACUAUGAGCGCCAGAGCAGUGGGAACUACACCAUGACAGCUCUUGACGAUGUGCCCUUUGUGAUCUCUGACAAGUUUUUUGGAAAUCCCAAAGAGAUGCAGCAAGUCAAUUUAAUGGGCAUUACGAUCAAAUCCCUGGCAGAGAUCGAGGAGGCAUUUUACUACAACUUCAGCACAGAGCGAAGCGUUGCUGUGUAACUGUCACCCCGGCAGACCGAGACACUACACAUACAAGAUGGAAUAACGUACUAAUGAAAGGAAGAAAAAGUUUGGGAUGCACCACUGCUGUAUAUUGUGUAAUUCAACACACACAAAAAGAGUAGUUUUAC